AUGGGAGAAAGUCUGCUUAAAGGCUUUCCUGAAGCGGCUCCUGCAAAACCAUCAAAGGAGUUGAUAUAUGCAGAUCUUUUUGACUCCUUGCAAAUAACAAAAAGCACANNGGUCGCAGUGACAGCCACAGCAAAAGAAUUUGCAGGAAUCUACCGUGGCAAGCAAUACCACGAGCCAGAUUUCACCUCUGUGCUCGAACGCGCCGCAAAUGCUGGUGUCAAGAAGAUCCUGCUCACAGGCAUGUCAGCUUCGGACAUCGAGUUCAAUGCACAGAUGGCGCGUUCACAUGCCUCGCAAUGCAGCACCACCAUCGGUAUACAUCCCUACCACGCCUCCGAACCCUAUGAAAACGGCAGUGAUGGCAAAGAAUACUUCACCGCCGUGGUAAGCAAAACAAACGAGCUUUUGCACUCUUCGCCAGGACUGGUAGCCGCAUACGGAGAACUAGGGCUGGAUUACGAUCACCUCUCCCUCGCAGACAAAGAGACCCAAUUACGCUGUUUCCGCGACCAGCUGGAUAUAUUUAUAGCCCAAGAGUGGCAAUUCCCGCUAUUCCUACACUGCCGCGCCGCCUUUGACGAUUUUGUGGCUGUGAUGGAAAAGUGUAUCGAUAGAUUACCUCGCAGAGGGCUGGUGCACUCGUUCGUGGGCACCGCGGCACAGAUGCAGAAACUUGUUUCCAUGGGCUUGGAUGUCAGUGUCAAUGGGUUCAGCUUCAAGGACCGCGAAUCUCUGGCAAUGGUGGCGGCGGUGCCUUUGCACGCACUACAGCUCGAGACGGAUGCGCCUUGGGGCAACAUCCCGGCGAAUUCGGAAGUGGCGAAGAGGUACUUGGUGAAUGCGCCAUCGAUGCCGGCGAGCAAGAAGAAAGAUAAAUUCGCCGUGGGGAGUAUGGUCAAGGAGAGGAAUGAGAGUUGCUGUAUGAGUCAAGUUGCGUUCAUCGUUGCUGGGCUACAAGGCAUUAUUGUCGAGGAAGUGGCAAGAGCAGCAUGGGAGAAUAGUCUCAAGAUGUUCUGGACAGAGACGGUAGAGUAA